AUGGUGCAGGUGAAGGUGAAGAAGGCGAUCUUCUUCGACGUCAGUGAACUUCAACUGCAGUAUGGCCAACUGCUGCUGCACCUGAUCCAACUGCAUCCGACUCGCGAAGCUUUGGUGGAAGCGCUCUAUGGACGCUCCAUGGCACGCUUCGGCCGCGUCUUGUGCGCCUCCAACAUGAUGGACUUCCUCAACGAAGCUCCAGCGGCUGAGCCGGAGAUCCAGACCCGCGAGCGGUUGCCAGAGCAGCUGCAGGAGCUCUAUCGCAGUGUCUUCCGCUGCAUCAGCCGUCCCUCCUCAUGGCCGGUCGUGUGGCCUUGCUUCGGUCGGAGUUCGUCACUGCCCCAGCGGCGCAUGGCACCCGUAAGCCUCAGCAAGGCGCAACGACGCCUGGGAGGCCACCGCAACGAAGCCUUCCACAUCAACGAAGCGGGGUGGUUGAAGAGUGAUGAGACCUUUCAACAGCUUCGCUCUUGCAUCCUGGAGCUUCAGAAGCGGAACUGCCUGGAGUUUCGACACCUCAACUUCAGGGACAUACCGAAAGUCGGUGAGCAACGGGUGAUCUUCAUUUCGAACAUCGAUGGAUCACCCCAGUUCUUAGCCGACGACCAGCUGGGCGCUUGGCGUCGGGAAGCGCAUGGCACGUUGCUCUUAUCCACACGUGGCGCGGAAUGGCUUCCAUGA